GCACCACACGGCCCAGCCCAGCGCUUCAAUCUGCUUAUGGCGUCCUGCACGGCUAAUUGUGAAGGUUACCUGACCCGACGAGCUCCGCUAAUCUGCGGCUAAUCCCAGCCUGCUGCGCAGCCAUGAAGCACACGGCACAAGAGCUCCGCUGGACUCCUCCGAGGCGUCUCGUGCCCGCCGUCCCACACACUGGCCAUGUCUCCCGGUCUCGGCUUUCUCCUCCUGUGGGCUCUGACGCGGGUCUCGGCGUUCUGUCCUUCUCAGUGCACCUGCAUCUACCACGGGCGGAGCGACGGCACGGGCACCAGAUCAGUGCUCUGUAAUGACCCCGACAUGUCAGACAUCCCAGUCAACGUCCCUGUGGACACGGUGAAGCUGCGGGUGGAGAAGACGGUGGUGCGGCGGAUUCCCACAGAGGCCUUUUACUACCUGGUGGAUCUACGGUAUCUCUGGAUUACGUACAAUUCCAUCUCCACCGUGGACAGCAGCAGCUUCUAUAACCUCAAGGUGCUCCACGAGCUGCGCCUGGAUGGCAACCUGCUGUCCACCUUCCCGUGGGAGGCCAUGCAGGAGAUGCCCAGCCUGCGCACUUUGGACUUGCACAACAACCGGCUGUCAACAAUCCCGGCCGAGGCGGGCCGCUAUCUCAGGAACAUCACCUAUUUGGAUAUUUCGAGCAACAAACUCACAACUCUGCCAUCAGACUUGAUGGACAUCUGGCCACCAUUUUCUGGAAUUGUGAAUACUAACCUGGGUCUGCUGCCUCAGCGAGUCAUACUAGGUCUGCAAGACAACCCCUGGUUUUGUGACUGUCGAAUAUCAAAGCUGAUUGAACUUUCCAAAAUCUAUGAGGCUUCUGUUGUCCUUCUGGAUCCCCUCUUGGCUUGCAGUGGCCCGGAGAACUUAUCUGGGGUUCUGUUCCAGAAAGCAGAACUCGAGCAGUGCCUCAAACCGUCUGUGAUGACCUCAGCAACGAAGAUUACGUCUCCACUGGGCAGCAAUGUUCUGCUGCGCUGCGAUGCCACUGGCUAUCCGACUCCCAUUCUGAUCUGGACCCGAUCUGAUGGAUCGCCCGUUAACAAUACAGUUGUUCAAGAGUCUCCUGGAGAGGGUAUAAGGUGGUCCAUCAUAAGCCUCAAUGGAAUUCUAUACAAAGAUGCUGGUGAAUAUCGAUGCAAAGCAAAAAAUCUGGCUGGGACAUCUGAAGCGUCUAUCACACUGACAGUAGUUGGGGUCGUGACAACCACUGCCUCCCCAAUGAAAUUUACAAAAAGGCCUGGCACAGAGCCCAGCAAUGUCAUGCAGGUGAAAACAGAGCUGCCCACAGAGAGGAUAACGAUGGCAUCUCCCACUACUUUCACUGCCGCCACCCUUAGUGAGCUCCUCAACAGGAAGCUUUCAGUGAAUGCUCCAUCAAAACCAUCGGCCGAGGCUAAGAGGCCUGUGAAGGAGCAGCCUGCCGUCACCAACAGGCGGGUUCAGCAAGAAACUGGUGGCAAAAAAGAGGCAGAGGCCUCAAACAACACAACCUUGUCAGCCGCCAUCCAGAAGGUCACCAUUAAAAAUGUACAGGUAGUGGACCAGACAGAGCGCAGUGCUGUACUGACGUGGAAGGCGCCAGAUUCUCCAGUGGGCAUCGCCCUUAAUGUGGUGUACUCCACUUACGGAGAGAAGGACAAGCAAACCAUUACAACCGACAUUGGAAAAAGCGCGGUGUUCAUCAAUGGUCUGACACCCAGUACCAAAUACACAGCGUGUGUAAGUCCAAAAGGAACGCAGCCAAGGAAGGACCACUGCGUCGUCUUCACCACCUUAGAGGAGGCUGCUGCCAGCAGCCAGGCACAGCUGCUGAUUAUUGGCAGUGGCAUCGCCUGCGCGGUGGCCCUACCACUCAUCAUUCUCCUGCUGUAUAAAGUUUUGAAGCUCUAUUGCAAGAAGGGGAACUCAGCGGACGAGGACCUUGCCAAGGAGACCUACGUCAAGUUUGAGACUUUAUCUCUCAAGCAGCGGACAAUUGGAGCGACGGGAGACCUCUGGGCUCGGAGGAGCACCGCUGAAUCGGAGAGAAUGCUCUUGUGUUCGAGAUCGAGCAUUGACUCUCAGAUGACCUUCAAAAGUGACAUGUCACGACCAGAGUACCUGUGCUAGCUGUUGGCAAUGACAUGGCAGACAGGCAGGGGAGGGUGACCCUAAGGGGCACACAUCAGGAAUGCACCCUCCAGUAUUUAUGAUGUCGACUCUGGAGAUCAUGGCACAUCUCCAACCAAUGAGCCUGAGGAAAUGAAAGAAAAAUCAAAGACAAAAGGAUCACAAAAGGUAUCAUUUAUACAAAGGUACCAAAAUAAAACAACUCGAUCAAAGUGAAUCUCGUCCACACACCUGCAGAGUAUUUCACUUCAAGAAACCGACCUUGGUAGUGUAUGUUAACAUUUAUUCCAUUUUUCCAGGAGAUGAUCUUGGACACAAUGUGCAAAAUGACGACUGUUUGUUUGUUUUUCCAUUUACUGCGUGAUUUUGCUUUUUUUACUUGAUACUUUAUAAGUUUGUUAAAUGGUAAUUAUUUUAGAUGAUUCUGCAUUUGACCGAUUCAGAAACAUGUAGGUAUCUUACACAAUGAGACAUCUCGUAUAUUUUGAUUAUUUUGUAUGAAGGACAUUAUUUAAACCUCCUAAAAGUAUGUGAAUUGGAUGACAGGCACAAACAGAGCCAAGAAACAAGAAACUCUACAGUGGCAGUGGCAAUGUAAAUACGUGUUUCAGUGUAGGAAUAUGGGCACCAUUUGGAAGGGGGCAUGCUCUGUAUGGGCAGGGUGCUUCAAAAAGUCAUAGGCAGGAGUGCCAGCACAGAUAACAGGAUUGCAGCCUAGGUGGAAGCCAUGGUGUUCCCCAUGAGAAAGAGAAUGAGGCCUGAUGGAGAACAAUUAGAGGUGGCAACACCUUGUGACCACUAGAGAGCACAUGUCCAUGAGCGGUCUCGG